AUGGGACCAAGAGCAGUUGAGUAUCUUCUAUUUUUCCAGAUGUCUUCAUCGUGUAAAAAAUUUUGUUCAAAUUGUGAAUCAUCGCCACCUUGUUCAUUACCAUCAACAUCUCAAUGUUUACAUUGUGGACUUAAAUUUUGUCUUACUCAUGAUAUUGAACAUCAAGUUAAAAUUAAAUUUGAACAAAAACAAAUUCAAGAUCAAUUAUAUGCUAAACAAUUAAAAAUUCAACAAAUGGAAUUAGUUGAUGAUCAAUAUUCAACAGAAUUAUAUACAAAACUCAAUGAAUGGAAACAAAAUAUGAUUAAUUCCAUACAACAUACAUAUGAGAAAAUAUUAAAUUCAAUAAAUGAAUUUUAUUAUGAAUCAUUAAAAGAUUUUGAACGGGUUAAAACACAUGCAUUACAGCAGCAGAGUGGUAUCGAUUUACAAGUAUUAGAUCGAACAGUUGAUGAAUUAGAAUCCAUUAAACGUCUGUCAUUACUAAAAUUAGAAUUUAUAUCAUUUCAAGAAGAUGAAAAUAAUGAAUCAACAACAGUACCAUCAUUUGAUAAAUACAUUCGUUUAGUUAAAAAAACAAAUUUUGAUCAACAAGAUAUUCAUUGUGCUUUGAAACAACAACAAUGUGUCGAACAACUUACAUUGGAAAAUGUUUCAACAUAUUAUGAUGUAUCAUUAGAUUCUAUUUUAAUUCGAAGUCAUUGUGGUACAAAAUUAAAAUUAUUUGAUAAAUAUUUAAAACAUCAACAAGAUAUUAAAUGGAAUCAAGAUAAAUAUGGCAUUUUACAAGGAAUAUCAUGGUCAAAUUAUUUAUCAUCAUUUCUUCUCUCAUCAACAAAAAUGUUAUAUCGUUUAAACUUGAUGACCAUAAAAUUUCAACCAAUCAAAAUCGAUCAAGGAAAUUAUAGUCUUAUGACAAAUUUUAAUCAAGAUUUAUGCGUUAUUAAUCGUCGAACAACAACGAUAAUCGUAACAAAUAAUUAUCGUCAAAAACGACGUGAAGAAGAACAAGAAAAUACAAUGUCUGAUGCCUGUUUAGAACAUUGGUUAAUGUCACCUGAUACAAAAAAUUCAAAAUGGCGUUUAUAUCGACGAUAUUUUAUGAUUUAUUUAUAUGAUAGUGAAGAAGAUGACGAUAUUGAAAUAUUUAAUAUUCAAUUAAAUAAUGAUUUUAUAGGUGUUCAUUCUCAUACAAAAAUUGAUAUAUUUAAUUUAAAAUAUAAUAUGAAACGAAUACAUAGAAUUCAACUUAAUCAUUCAUGUUUAUCAUUAACAUCUUUAUUCAAUAAUUAUCAUUGUUGGUUUUUAGUUAUUAAUGAAGAAGAUGAAACAAAAAUAUAUUUUCUUGAUGAGAAAAAUAAUUAUGAUUUAGUAAAAAUUCAUGUAAAUAAUAAAAAUAUUGAUCCGUAUGCCAUACAAUUAUUUGGACAUCGACAUAUUCUUAUAUUAACACAAGAUCAACAAUUUAAAUUAUUCAAGAUAUAG